UUUUGUCCCUUCCAUUCACAGCAAUUGGAAGUGGCGGGAAAUGGCAGAAAGGAGCAGUAGAGACCAACAGAGGUAUCUCCAAAAAGGAAAAAGAAAAAAAAAAAAGUGCAAAAACCCCAAAUUGUUUGUUUAUUAUAGUUUAUUCAAUUCGUUUCGUCACAAACUUCAAUUCCUUACUUGCUAUCAGAGAAACCCUAAUUCCAAAAAAGUGAACUUCUCAACCACAAGCAAAGGAUCUUCACUUUUACAUCUCACUCUCUUGUAUUAUAUAUAUAUAUAUAUAUAUAUAUACAAUGAUUGCUAAAUUACAUCUUAAGGAAAAUUAUCAUUAUUAUUAUUAUCAUCUGGUGGUGGAAGUUGUUUGGAAAUGGCGAGUACGAGUGAGACCAAGGAAGUGGGACCACCGAGGUCGUUAUCGAGAAGGAUGACACGGACGUCGACUAUGUUUGAUCCGAACGGCGAUGGAGUCGAUAGUGAGCUCGUGCCGUCUUCACUUGCCUCUGUCGCUCCUAUACUUCGUGUUGCCAAUGAGAUUGAGAAGGAAAAUGACAGAGUUGCUUACUUGUGCCGAUUUCAUGCAUUUGAGAAGGCCCACAGGAUGGAUCCUAAAUCUAGUGGACGUGGUGUUCGCCAAUUUAAGACUUACUUGCUACAUAGACUUCAAAAGGAAGAAGAAAAGACAAAGCCUCAAUUAGCAAGCAAUGAUCCAAAGGAAAUACAGAAAUUCUACAAGAACUUCUAUGAGACAAACAUUAAAGAUAGCCAAGACACAAAGAAACCUGAGGAGAUGGCCAAGAUCUAUCAAAUUGCUACGGUUUUGUACGAUGUAUUGAGGACAGUGGUGCCUCCUGGAAAAGUCGACACCCAGACUCAACAAUAUGCAAAAGCUGUAGAGGAAAAUAGAGAACAAUAUGAACACUACAACAUUCUUCCUCUAUAUGCUGUUGGAAAUAAACCUGCAAUUAUGGAGCUUUCAGAAAUCAAAGCGUCUCUUCAAGCAGUGCGCAAGGUGGAUAACCUUCCACUUGCUAGAAGAGUAGGAGACAGAGACAAACCUGUAAAUGAUAUUCUUGAGUGGUUGGCAUCAAUUUUUGGAUUUCAGAAAGGAAAUGUUGCAAAUCAGAGGGAACACUUAGUAUUGCUACUGGCAAAUAUUGAUAGAAGGUCAAAAGGAAUCGGAGAUUAUGAGCAGCUGGAUAGCCGUACCGUAAAGCAGUUAUCGGAUAAAACUUUCAAGAACUAUGUCUCAUGGUGUCAUUAUUUGCACUUCACAUCAAUUAUUGAUUCACCCAAGGUUCCACCCAAUGCUGAUAGGCAGCAGUUGGAGCUUCUCUACAUUGCUCUCUAUUUUCUUAUUUGGGGUGAAGCUUCGAACAUCCGGUUCAUGCCGGAAUGCAUUUGCUAUAUUUUCCAUAAUAUGGCAAAUGAAAUGCAUGGAACCUUAUUUGCCAAUGUUCAACCUGUGAGCGGAGGCACAUAUCAAGCAGUACCACUUGAUGAAGAAUCAUUUCUGCGUGAUGUGGUCACACCUAUAUACGAGGUUAUUCGUAAGGAAGCUAGGAGAAAUCAAGGUGGCAAAGUUAGCCAUGCUUCAUGGAGAAAUUAUGAUGAUCUUAAUGAAUAUUUUUGGUCUGACAAAUGCAUCAAGUUAGGCUGGCCAAUGGACAAAAAAUCUGACUUUUUUGUUCACUCUGAUGAACCAUCACGGUCACAUGCAGGGCGCAACCAAGUGGUGUCUGGAAAGAAGAAACCCAAAACAAAUUUUGUUGAAGUCCGCACAUUUUGGCAUCUUUACAGGAGUUUCGAUCGAAUGUGGAUAUUUCUUAUAUUGGUCUUUCAGGCUAUGGUAAUUAUUGCAUGGCACGAAGAUGGAUCGAUAUUUGGAAUUUUUGAUGAGGAUGUCAUUAAAAGUAUAUUAAGCAUAUUCAUUACUUAUGCUGUUCUUAAUUUUAUCCAAGCUACUCUGGAUAUAAUCCUUAGUUUCAGUGCCUGGAGGAGCUUAAAACCUACUCAAGUUCUUCGCUACCUUCUGAAAUUUAUUAUGGCUGCUUUCUGGGUAGUAAUCUUGCCCGUCUGUUAUUCAAAAUCGGUUCCAAAUCCGACAGGAGUAGUGAGGUUUUUCAGCACUCUAGGAGGAACUUGGAGGGAGCAAUCACUUUAUAGCUAUCUUGUAGCAAUUUACUUGAUACCCAACAUACUGGCUACCUUUCUGUUCUUGCUUCCACCAAUAAGGAGACACAUGGAACGUUCAAACUGGCAUAUAGUCACUUUUCUUAUGUGGUGGGCCCAGCCAAAGCUCUAUGUUGGAAGAGGCAUGCACGAGGACAUAUUUUCACUGUUCAAGUAUACACUAUUCUGGAUAGCUCUACUAAUAAGCAAGUUCGCGUUCAGCUACUAUGUGGAGAUAUUACCAUUGGUCAAUCCGACAAAGUUAAUCAUGGAAAUGUCUGUCAGCAACUAUGAGUGGCACGAGUUUUUUCCAAAUGUGACCCAUAAUAUCGGCGUGGUUAUUGCUAUUUGGGCUCCAAUUGUCAUGGUCUAUUUCAUGGACACACAAAUAUGGUAUGCAAUUUUUGCUACUAUCAUUGGUGGAAUCUAUGGGGCUUUCAGCCACUUGGGUGAGAUUCGCACACUUGGGAUGCUACGGUCUCGAUUUGAAUCGGUUCCUUCAGCUUUCAAUGAACGCCUUGUACCCAUGCAGAAAGAAGAACCCAAAAGAGAUCACUUGAAUGAAAGGGCUCUACAGGAAGAUGAUUUAUGGGUAAGAAAGAACAUAGCAAAAUUUUCGCAAGUGUGGAACGAAUUUAUAUUUUCAAUGCGGAUGGAAGACUUGAUAAGUGACAGUGAGAGAAAUCUACUUCUUGUACCAUAUACUGUUAGCAACGUCCAAGUUAUCCAGUGGCCACCAUUUCUGCUUGCUAGCAAGAUCCCAAUCGCUUUAGACAUGGCUAAAGAUUUUAAGGGAAAAGAAGACGCAGAUCUCUUCAGGAAGAUCACUAACGAUGAUUAUAUGGGGUCAGCAGUGGUAGAGUGUUACCAAACACUGAAGGAAAUAUUAUCUGGCCUUCUGGAUGAUGAAAGAGAUAAAACGAUUUUAGAGCUUAUCUGCCAAGAAAUAGAAACUAGCAUUGUAGAGGGAACAUUUUUGAGCAAAUUUCGAAUGAGCGAGCUGCCUUCACUUAAUGAUAAGCUGGAAAAAUUUUUAGAACAUUUGCAAGCAGACGAUGUUGAUCCUGAGAAAUAUACAUCCCAAAUCAUCAAUGUCCUUCAGGAUAUUAUGGAGAUUAUUACACAAGAUGUAAUGAGUAACGGACAUGAAAUACUUGAAAGAGUGCAAUUUCGUUAUCAGGAUAAUGACAAAAAGGAAAGGGAUAAUGACAAAAAGGAAAGGUUUGAACGAAUUAAUCUUCAGCUAACUGAGACCAAAUCAUGGAAGGAAAAGGUGGUGAGGCUUCGCUUGCUUCUUACUGUAAAAGAAUCUGCAAUUAACGUGCCUAUGAAUUUAGAAGCUCGUAGGCGUAUCACCUUUUUUGCGAACUCCUUGUAUAUGAGAAUGCCAAAUGCUCCUGUGGUUCGUAACAUGCUCUCAUUUAGUGUUUUGACUCCGUAUUACAAAGAAGAUGUUUUAUAUUCUGAGCUUGAGCUUCACGAGGAAAAUGAGGAUGGAAUCACAAUUUUGUUUUACCUUCAAAAAAUCUAUCCAGACGAAUGGAAGAAUUUUGAACAGCGAACUAAAAAUAGCAAAGAUCUAGCAGAAGAGACGCGUAAAUGGGUUUCUUACAGGGGGCAGACACUUUCUAGAACAGUGCGAGGGAUGAUGUACUACAAGGAAGCCCUUGAACUUCAAUGCUUCCUAGACUACGCAAAAGAUGAUGAGAUUUUUACCGGGUUUCGGACAUUUGAUAUGAAUAAAAAGCGUGCGGUUCUCAAAGAUCGUGAGAGUGCAAUGGCAGAUUUGAAGUUUACAUAUGUGGUCUCUUGCCAGAUUUAUGGUGCACAAAAGAAAUCAAGUGCUGACAGAGAUCAAAGUUGUUAUACAAAUAUCCUGAAUCUCAUGCUUACAUAUCCUUCUUUACGAGUAGCUUAUAUUGAUGAAAGAGAGGACACCAAAAAUGAUAGAUCUCAGAAGGUUUACUACUCUGUUCUAGUCAAGGGUGGGGAUCAUUUAGAUGAGGAAGUAUACCGUAUCAAACUCCCGGGACCUCCUACAGAAAUUGGUGAAGGAAAGCCUGAAAACCAGAAUCAUGCCAUUAUUUUUACUCGUGGAGAAGCACUGCAGACCAUUGACAUGAAUCAGGACAAUUACUUUGAGGAGGCAUUCAAAAUGAGAAACGUACUGGAGGAAUUUCACAAAGAUCAUCAUGGCCAGCGUAGACCAACCAUAUUGGGUUUGAGAGAACAUAUUUUCACUGGAAGUGUAUCUUCACUAGCUUGGUUCAUGUCAAAUCAGGAGACAAGUUUUGUGACAAUCGGUCAAAGGGUUUUAGCAGACCCUCUGAGAGUGCGGUUCCACUACGGCCAUCCUGAUAUAUUUGAUAGACUCUUCCACAUAACACGGGGUGGCGUAAGUAAAGCUUCGAGAACCAUCAACUUGAGCGAGGAUAUAUUUUCAGGUUACAAUUCCACUCUGCGCGGAGGUUAUGUCACACAUCAUGAGUAUAUCCAAGUAGGCAAGGGCCGUGAUGUUGGUAUGAAUCAGAUAUCCCUUUUUGAGGCUAAAGUUGCAAACGGAAAUGGUGAACAGACACUUAGCCGUGAUGUUUACCGACUUGGGCGGCGUUUUGAUUUCUAUAGAAUGUUCUCAUUCUAUUUCACCACAGUUGGCUUCUACUUUAGCAGCAUGGUUACUGUGCUUAUUGUUUAUGUUUUUUUAUAUGGACGUAUGUAUAUGGUAUUAAGUGGAUUGGAACGACGAAUUAUAGAAGAUGCAACCAUUAGUAGCAACAAGGCCCUAGAAGAGGCUUUAGCAACCCAAGCUGUUUUUCAACUAGGAUUACUUCUGGUCCUUCCUAUGGUUAUGGAAAUUGGUUUGGAGAGAGGAUUUCGUACAGCAUUAGGUGACUUUAUCAUAAUGCAACUCCAAUUGGCCUCUGUAUUCUUCACCUUCCAGCUUGGCACUAAAGCCCAUUACUAUGGGAGAACGAUUUUACACGGAGGUUCCAAAUACAGAGCUACGGGUCGUGGAUUUGUAGUAUUUCAUGCAAAAUUUGCUGAUAAUUAUCGGUUAUAUUCCCGUAGUCACUUCGUGAAAGGGUUGGAAUUGGCGAUAUUACUGGUUAUUUAUCAAGUUUAUGGGAAUUCAUAUCGGAGCUCGAAUUUAUACUUGUUUAUUACAUUCUCGAUGUGGUUUCUAGUUUCCUCGUGGUUGUUUGCUCCCUUUGUGUUCAAUCCUUCUGGGUUUGAUUGGCAGAAGACAGUGGAAGAUUGGACAGACUGGAAGCGGUGGAUGGGGAAUCGUGGUGGUAUUGGUAUAGCACAAGAUAAAAGUUGGGAAUCAUGGUGGGAUGCAGAACAACAGCAUCUGAAGUACACAAACAUAAGGGGCAGAAUUCUUGAAAUCAUACUUUCACUUCGGUUCUUUAUCUACCAGUAUGGCUUGGUCUAUCACCUUAAUAUAGCACGUGGCAGCACAAGUAUCCUGGUUUAUGCACUUUCGUGGUUGGUCAUGAUAACCGCUCUCCUAGCCUUGAAGUUGGUAUCUAUGGGGAGAAGAAGAUUUGGCACAGACUUUCAACUCAUGUUCAGGAUCUUAAAGGCACUUCUUUUUCUUGGCUUCCUUUCAAUCAUGACGGUCUUAUUUGUCGUUUGUGGCCUCACCAUCAGUGACAUCUUUGCUGCGUUCCUAGCCUUUUUACCAACAGGCUGGGCAUUUAUCUUGAUUGCUCAAGCAUGCAGGCCUUGUGUAAAAGGAAUAGGAUUUUGGGACUCAAUAAUGGAGUUAGGACGUGCUUACGAAUGUGUAAUGGGAUUAGUAAUAUUUAUGCCCAUUGUUAUAUUGUCAUGGUUCCCUUUUGUAUCGGAGUUCCAAACAAGGUUGUUGUUCAACCAAGCAUUCAGCAGAGGUCUCCAGAUUUCAAUGAUUCUUGCCGGAAAGAAGGACAAAGACAAGGCUCCAGCUACUUGAUAGGUAAAAUCAGUCUGACACCCAAUGGGAGUUUUGAAAUUAGAAUACUAAAAUUCAACAUUUCAAUAUUAUAUAAGUUUCUCAAUUUUCAUAUUUGCCAGAUCUAGAAUUCUUUUAGAAGUUGUUUGUAAUUAUAUCUUAGAUCGGAAUAUUCUUCCCUAUUUUGAAAUUCUCAUCCUCUCCAACCUAGUGUAUCGAAAUUAUAACA